UACAGUAUCUCACCAGCCCCUCCUACCUCCCCUAAUCACACACACAUUUCAAUUUCUACCAGGAGCUUUACAGAAGUUUUUCAGAGCAGCUGUCUCUCCUCCUCAACAAACGCAAGUUUCAUAACCGCAUUCAAAACGUUCGAUCUACGUCUGCAAAUAUCAUCCGUCUCAGAGAAAAUCUGCAUGUUGGUGCACCCAUGUCAGUCACUAAAGGCCCUGUAGUUCUCACUACAGUCUUUUGCAUUUUAUCAGGUGUUCUUGGUCAGGAAUGGAAGGUGACCUAUUCCUCUACCAAUGUCUGUGGUGUGGAGGGGUCAUUUGUGGACAUUUCCUGCACUUACUCAUAUCCGAGCCAUCUUGAAAUCAAAGAAACAUUCUGGUUCAUCAAAAAGGUCACUGGUGAUGAAGCAGACGACUUGAGUCUGGAUUCCAAAUAUCAGGGGCGUGUGGAAUAUCUUGGUGACAAAGUGAACGACUGCAGCCUACGAAUCAAGAAUCUGAAAGACAGUGACACUGCAGAAAAAUACACAUUCAGGUUCCUAACUAAUGACCCAAAGGGGAAAUUCUCUGGAUCUGAGGUCACUCUGUCUCUGAGACAUCUUGCUGUAACAGUGAGUCCAGAAAAAGCGUCAGACGGCAAUCAAGUGACCCUGACCUGUAUCACCAUCUGCAGUCUGAGUAACAACCCCACCUACAUCUGGUACAGGAACUCACAGCCUCUGACUAACCCACACCCAACCAGCAGCAACACCCUGUCCAUAACCUCAGUAAGCAAAGAGGAUGCUGGUUAUUACUCCUGUGCUGUAAGAGGACAUGAGGGUCACCCGUCACUCUCUGUGUGUGUUCUGAGUUGCUGGAGUGUGACGUACACCCCAAAGAGCAUCUGUGCCUUGAAGGGCUCCUCGGUGGAAUUCCAGAGCUAUUGCACGUACCCUGCAGAUCAUACAGUCACAAAAGCAUUCUGGUUUAUCAAGGGAACAUGGCCAUCUGGUCAAGAACCUAAGGAUUUGAUACAGGAAGAACGUUAUCAUGGUCGAGUGAAUUAUUCUGAAGAGAAGACAAAUAACCACACUCUGAGGAUAACAGACCUGAUCACUGGAGACUCAAACAGUUUUCAAUUCAGGUUUAUAACUGAUAAAGUAGGAGGAAAGUUUUCUGGUGGAGAUGUUGAACUCUCAGUUAUAGAACUGCAAGUACUGGUGGAUCCUGCAAUUGUCACAGAGAGAAACACAGUGACAUUAACCUGUAUCACCAGCUGCAGUCUGAGUAACAACGCCACCUACAUCUGGUACAAGAACCCACAUGCUAUUGGUAGUAACCACACAGCUGGCAAGACACUGAACAUACCAUCAGUUGGCAUUGAAGAUACAGGAAGUUACUCCUGUGCUCUUCAGGGACAUGAGGAUCACAGAUCACCGGAAAGGACUCUCAGUGUCAGAUAUGGCCCAAGAAACACUUUGGCAUCAGUCCAUCCUUCUGCUGAACCAGUGGCGGGGGAUUCAGUGACUCUGACCUGCAGCAGUGAUGCCAACCCACCAGCACAGAUCUACACCUGGUAUAAGAAGAGUGGAGAUCAAUCUUCACCAGUUGGAUCAAGUCAGAAUAUCAGCUUUGCAAGCAUCAGCUCUGAACAGAGUGGACUCUAUUACUGUGAGGCUGGGAAUGAGAUUGGACAGAACAGAUCUUCAGCAGUACAGAUCACUGUAACAUGUAAGUUUUGAACUCAAGACAUGCAGCAGCAAUAUAACAUUAAAUCUCAAGAUUGUCAAGUUAUCUGCCCACAUCUGUAAUGAUUUCAGUUCAAGUAUCAUGUUAUAGUUACUACAUUAAUAGUAAUUUAGACUAUAAUGUUUUUGCCAGGUGAAAAUCA